AUGGUUUCCCAAUCGAUUAAGCUAGGAGGUUCAGCCUCACAUAUCUCUGUCGGGCGAGUUGCUCACGGCUUGAUGAAAUUGACAGCGGUCAGCGACGAGCAAGCUUUCGAGUCCAUCAAAGCAGGGGUCGACGCACUACCUGCUGCGACCAAGAUGUUUUUGAACGCUGGUGAAUUCUAUGACAGGAGCUGGGGCGUCGGAAAUUUGCAAUUGCUUUCUCGCUUCUUCGAGAAGUACCCAGAUUAUGCAGAGAAGACAUUUCUUUCUGUCAAAGGUGCUAUGAAAUCGAAUGGCAAAGGUUCCAUUAUGCCGGAUUCAUCUGCUGAGAACCUUCGGGCCAGCGUGGACAAUUGUCAGAAAGUACUCGGCCCUAUCAAGAAGAUUGACUUGUACCAGCCGGCCCGAAUCGAUCCCAAGGUUCCAUUUGAGACGAUCAUGAGCAACUUGAUUGCCUUGCGGGACGAAGGUAAAUUUGGACAUAUUGGACUAUCUGAAUGCAAAGGGAGCACUUUGAGGAAGGCCUAUGCUCUUCAUCCUGGUUCCGUGGCUGCCGUCGAAGUCGAAGUCAGCGCAUGGGAAUACGGACAGCAACAGAAAGAUCUUAUUGCAGCUGCUACGGAGUUGGGCGUCUCUGUUCUAGCAUAUUCCCCGUUAGGGAACGGCCUGCUCACGGGAACUAUCAAGAGCUCUGCAGAUCUCGAAGAGGGUGACUUCCGCUCUAUGCUCGACCGCUUCAAAGAGGACAAUAUCAAGGCCAACUUGGCUAUCGUUGAGGGACUGAAAGCGAUCGUAGAGAAUAGAAAGCCUGCCAUCACUGUAGGGCAACUGUGUAUUGCAUGGGUAGCAUCUCUCGGCCCGACUAUGAUACCUCUCCCUGGCUCGUCCAAAGCAUCGCGUACUUUGGAAAAUCUGGAAGCCGGUGAUGUGGAAUUGACUAGCGAAGAGAUCAAAGCCGUUGAAAAGGUUGUGGCCGACCAUCCUGUGGCUGGUGAAAGGUACUUUGGUGGAGCCGCAAAUGAACAUAUGCAUCUUUGGGGCUAG